AUUUAAUUUACGUGUUAAAAUGGAAACGUGGGUACAAGAGACAUAAAAGUUAUAUUUUUCUGGCUAUCCAUUUAUUGAGUAUGGCGUAGGGGGCUAUAUCAUUCUUAUUUCUUUGCUUCUUGCUUUAAAAUGCCUUUUUAAUUGCAAAACCAAACAUCCAGCUAAUUUCAAUGUAUCAUUAAAAAUCCAUUUAGGUUGUGAAAUUUAAAAUUCCUAAUAGUAAUACUAAUACCAGUGUAUCAUCUAAUUAAUAAGAACUCAUAAAUAACUAAACAAGAGUGAUUUAACAAUUAAAUGAAAAAUUAAUAACAAUGCAGUAAGGAUUUGAUAAAUUGUCUAAGGAACACAUUUAAUUGCGUACAAGUAUCAAAUAACCUUAAAUUAUAUAGCUUUAUCUGAUUUAUAAUCCUAAGUCUUUGAUAUUUUAACUAAAAAGAAAAAUUCUAACCCUCCAUAACUUUAAGCCAAAUCUAUUAAAUCUUAAAUCAUUUAACCAUCCUUAAAUUUUGAGAAAUAAGAAAUGCGAUCAAAAUAAUCAGUAUUAGAAGGGCAAGAAUAAUAGAGAACAUCAAAAGAAUAAUUAGAAGAUGAACAAUUUUUGUAAAAGUAGGUUGAAUAAUAAAAAGAAGCAGAAUAUGAGUAAUAAUACUUGUAAUAGUAAUCAUCAUAAUAAUUAUAGUAAUAAUAAUAAUAAUAGCAAUAAUAUUAAUAAUAAUAAUAGUAAUAAUAAGAGCAAUAAUAAUAAUAAUAGUAAUAAUAAUAAUAGUAAUAAUAAUAAUAGUAAUAAUAAUAAUAAUAAUAAUAAUAAUAAUAAUAAUAAUAAUAAUAGUAAUAAUAAUAAUAAUAAUAAUAAUAAUAAUAAUAAUAAUAAUAAUAAUAAUAAUAAUAAUAAUAAUAAUAACUAUUAUUAUAGCAAUAGUAGUAAUAAAAUGAAGAAAAUCUUUCUCAACGUUAAUUUAAAGAAUAAGAAGAUAAUCAAUAAAAUACAAUAAUUGCUUAGCCUUAAGAACAAGUGAAUCAAUCAUAAACUAAUCCCUUUGCCACAGAAUAACCUCCUGUCGUAAGAAAACCUUAAAACCCACCUACUCCUAGAAGAAUACCUCCUUAAUUGAGACCAAAGUGAUAAAAUUCAUAUAGU